AUGCUUUAAAUUUCUUACUUUGUCACUGCCUGGCGGCCUGGCGGGUCAAAAUCAAUGAUCUUUUUUAAGUGCACAUCUAACUAACACCAAAUCUGUAGUGUUGAUUUCUCCUCACCAGCAUAUCUACUAAUACACUCACAUUGAUAAAAUAUAUAAAGCUCAAUGGUAGUGGGAGUGAAUGUGACCGCCUGCAAGUCAAUCUAUUGCUCAAUGUCAUAUAUGUCCACUACUUGAUUGUUGAGGCAAACAAGCAUGCAACUCAUUCAUCUGCUACCUUCAGCCAUGGUACCCCAUUCCAAAAAUCUCCUGUGUCUCUCAACUACUUUAUGUGUGCUGCUAUGCAUGGCUUGUGCAAUCAGCCCAGAAGGAGAAGCACUCCUCGGGUGGAAGGACACACUGCUCAACUCCACCUCUUUGUCAUCAUGGAAGAGGGCAAAUCCGACCUGCUCUUGGUUCGGUGUCACCUGUGACGAUGUCGAACAUGUCAUCAGGCUCGACCUUUCUAGUGCCGGGCUCAACGGCACACUCGACGCCUUAUACUCUACUGUGUUCCAGAACCUUGAGGAUCUCCUCCUCAACAACAACAAUAUCUCUGGGGCAAUUCCAGCAAAUAUAUCUCGGUUGCUCAACCUCACCAUUCUGGACUUGAGCAACAACAAUCUUGCUGGUGCCAUUCCCUAUCAACUCAGUAAGCUCCCAAAGAUUAUUGAGUUACAUUUAGGAAGUAACCACCUGACAAACCCAUACACUGCCAAGUUCAGACGUAUGUCCACCUUGCAGGUCUUAACGCUUUAUGAUAAUAAUCUCAAUGGUACUUUUCCGGAGUUCAUCCUGAACCGCACAAGUGUUAGGCUGGUAAUCCUAGACCUUUCGGGUAACACCUUCUCAGGUUCCAUUCCAGAGAACUUGUCAGAUAUGGUCCCCAAUUUAGAGGGUCUUGAUCUAAGCUCCAACAUGUUCUCUGGAGUCGUACCGCAGUCGCUCGGUAAUCUUACUGAUCUCUUCAUGAUGGAUCUGAGCUCUAACAUGCUCUCUGGAAGUUUACCACUGUCUUUUUCCAGGAUGAACAAUAUGGUAUUUUUUGAGGCGGGGAGCAACAACCUCAGUGGUAACAUUCCACUUGAGUAUUUCUCAAAUUGGACCGAGCUCUCGUCUUUCAAUAUUUCAAACAACAUCUUUUCUGGAAGCAUCCCACCGGAGAUCAGUAUGUGGAAGUCGCUAGAAUACUUGACCCUUUCUAGCAACUGCUUCAACGGCACAAUACCCAAAGAGCUAGGAUUUUCUCAGCUAUGGGUGCUAGACCUGUCCAAUAAUCACCUUAAUGGAUUGUUACAGUUUUCGUUUCAUAAUUUCACAGUUUUAGAAUUCCUUGACCUUAGCACAAACCAAUUGGAGGGAGAGAUUCCUGCGAGCUUGUGGCACCGUUCUCUCAGUUAUCUAUUUUUGUCCAGAAACAGAUUCACAGGCAUCAUCGAUGAGGCUUUCUGUCAGCAAAGUAAUCUUCUAGUUCUGGACGUAUCAAAUAAUCUCCUAUCCGGAGAGCUCCCUGUUUGCUUAUGGAACUUGCAUAGUCUUACGUACAUGGACUUGUCAAGCAAUUUGUUCGUUGGGGAAGUUCAAGCUUUGAAGAAUGUUACUUCCUCAUCACUAUUUUCAUUAGAUCUUUCAAACAAUAACUUCACAGGAUGCUUUCCACCAGUUCUGCAGAACUUGCAAGGCCUAGUAUCUUUGGAUCUCGGAAACAAUGAGUUAUCUGGUAAAAUUCCCUCGUGGAUAGGGACAGGCCUCCCUUUGCUACGAGUUCUCCGACUUCGAUCAAAUAUGCUCUAUGGAAGUAUUCCCUGGGAAGUAUCACAACUCUCUCACCUCCAACUGCUUGACCUGGCGGAGAACAGUUUUACAGGUUUGAUACCACCAAGUUUUUUCGAUUUUAAUCACACUAAUGAGACAAGGCCAGAAGCACAUGCAGGUGGUAUCGGUAGUAUGGCGCAUUACACAUACAAAGAACAUAUUGACAUAAUCUGGAAGGGGAAAGGCUACACUUUCGGUAGAACAAUUAUGAUCAUGAUUGGUAUUGAUUUAUCAAGCAACUCCCUUUCUGGCGAGAUCCCUGCAGAAUUGCUUAACCUUGAAGAUCUUCGAUUCCUUAACCUGUCAAGAAAUAGUUUAUCUGGUGCUAUCCCAAAUAACAUUGGCAACUUGAAAGAUGUGGAGUCUCUUGACCUCUCUUGGAACAAGCUCUCAGGUCCUAUUCCUUCAAGCAUAUCACACUUGAUGUUCCUCAGCUCUCUGAAUCUAUCCAGCAACCUUCUAUCAGGAGAAAUACCUACAGGCAAUCAGCUCCAAACACUCAACGACCCCUCCAUUUAUAGUAACAACCUUGGACUAUGUGGUGUUCCUCUGAGCAUUCCAUGCAAAGGCAAUUCGAGUUGUACAGCAACCCUUGAUGGGGCAAAGGAAGGUUUCCAUGAACUUGAAACCCUUUGGCUGUACUACUCAGUGAUUGUUGGAACUGUCUUUGGUUUCUGGGUAUGGUUCAGAGCAUUGUUUUUCCUGAAGCUCUGGAGGUUUGCAUUCUUGGGUUGCAUUGAUACCAUGCAACAGAAGGUUACGAACAAGAUGAACCGUACCUGACACUCAGUGUCCCACUUAAGAAGCUUUGUUUGAAGUUUCCUCAGACUUUCAGUAUCUGCAACGAAUAUAAAUGUAUGGUUCAUGACCCUACCAUUUGUUUUCUUUCACCAAUAAGCUGCAUUUUUCUGUUCCUGCAUGGACAGAUAAUUGGCUUAUACUAUUAUGGUGUGUCAUAGUUUUAUUUAUCUGAUAAAUUAUGUGAGUUGUAGUUAUGUAUGCUCUGUUGUCGCUUUUUAUAUAUUC